AUGCCUCGAAGUGUGUUCCCAAUUUUCAGCCGUCAGACGAUGCAUAUGCAGCAGCGGGAUAUGGUUGUGAAAUGUCCAAAGAUGGCCACGGCCGAUUACCGCUUCGACACAAGUGGUAGAGAUGUGGACGACAUCGUCGAUCCGAGCUUCGGCAUCGGGCUGUUACCCAUCGAGAUGUUUGGCAUGGCACAGGUCGUUGCCACGGUGUGCCCGUGGUGA